AUGGGGUUUGGUAGUGAAAACAAUGAUAUAAAUAUUAAUUAUAAUAAUAAUAAUAAUAAUAAUAAUUAUAAUAAUAAUAACAAUAUCACAAAUGUAAAUAAUAAUAAUAAUAACAAUAACAAUAAUAAUAACAAUAAUAUUCUUUAUAUAGAUGAUGAAAACAAUGGUUAUGAUGAUGAUAAUAUUAUAAAUAAUAAAAUUAAAUAUUGGCAAGAUGAAUUCAAUAAAUUAAAACAAGAAUCAUAUGAAAAAAUUAAAUCAUUACCACCAACAAAUAAUCAUACAAACAAUUUUAAAAUUAAUGAUAUUAAAGGUGAUUUAUCAGAUUCUUUAUUUGAUAGAUGGUAUGAAUUUGCAAUUCAAUAUGCUCAAUCUAUAACAACAACAACAGAAACAACAUUAUUUGACAUUAAUAACAAUAAUAAUGAUAAUAAUGAACUAGAAAUUGAAAUGAUAUGUUCAACAAAAGUAUUAUUAAAGAAUAUAAUUGAUAUUGAUAUUAUAGCAAAUUCAUUAUUAGAUGAUAGUGUUUACAGAAAAUAUUUAGAACAAUUUAGAAAGGUUAUAACUAUUUAUAGUAGUAAACCAAAGUUUACAAAAUUAUUACUAUUAUCAAAAUUUGAAAUUAAUAAUAAUCAUCAUCAUCUUAUUAAAGAUCAAUUAAAUGAAAGUUUACAACAACUUUUAAUAAUAUUACAAAAAAGAAUGAUUUCAUCAAUUGGUAAAAGAAUUGAAUUAUUAAAUACAAUUAAAUCAAUAAUUGAAAUUGGUAAUAAACUAUUUAAAAUCAAUAAUAAUACUGUAUUUCCAUUUCAAGUUAAUACAAAUAUCUUAGUAACAUUUUCAAAUUCAACAGAGAAUGGAGAAGUAUUAAGAUCAUUAGGAUUAGAUAUUUUAAAAUUGUUAUUAUUAAAUGAACAACAACAACAACAAGAAGAAGAAGAACAAUUCAAAUUAGAUAUUCUAAGAUCAAUGUCAAUGAUUGCAUCUGAUAAUACAACAUUGAAUUUUAUUUGGUCAAAUCAAGGUAUUAAUUAUAUUGAUGUUGUAACAAUAUUACAAAGUAGAAUACCAACAUCACAAAAGGAAUUAGGUAUAAAAAUAUUAUCAUCAAUUUCAACAAGUAUUAAAUCCUCAACUAUUGAUAUACUAACAAACUAUUGUUCUGAUCAAUCUGAUUAUUCAAAUUCAUCAAUAAAUAAAAUAUUACAAACUAUAUUUGAUUUUAUUGAUUUAUUUUCAAUUAAAAUUCAAACUAAACAAUCUCAACAAUUAUUAUUACAAAAAUUACAACAACAACAAAAACAAGAAGAAGAAGGACAAACUAAAGAAUCAACAUUAUCAAUUUCAUUUAAACCAAGUAAAUAUAAUAAAAAUAUUAAUUAUUUAAAUGAAAAAGUUGAUGGUGGUGGUGGUGUUGGUAGUGGUGGUGGUGAUGAUGAUGAAGAAAGCUCAAGUACAAAUGAAAAAUAUCAAGAGAUAUUAGAUUUAUUUGAAACUAUUGUAAAUCAAAUACCAAAUAAUGAUAUGGUAAUUAAAAAGUUAAUAUCAAGUUGUGGUUGUACUGAAGGUUCAUUAAAGAUAUUAUUAAAUUGUAGUAAGAAAUUUAGUAGAGAUAUGUGGAGUUCACAAUUGUUACCAUUGUUAUUCAAUGAGAUUCAGCUAAUGAAAUUUCAAGGUGUAUCAGGUAUACAACGUGAGCAAUCUGUUAUUGAUUGUGUUAGAGAAUGUGCAAGAUUGUUUUAUUUAGAUUCACCAAAAUCAUUAUCAUCAGCUGAUAAUAGUGAUAUUGGAAGUAACCAUAUCGAAUCAUUGAAAUUCGCUCAUAAUCUAUUCUUUACAAUCAUUGAGGCUAUCAGACAUGGGUAUUACGAUACAGAAGGAUUUCAAAUAGUUUGCUCAAUCAUCAUCCUAAAUCAUCUACCAUCGUCAAUCAAUUGGUUUCAACAAGUUUUAAACCCAUCCACUUGUUAUAAUUUAAAAACCUCUCGUGCUAUAUUCGAUAUUUUCUUACAAUUGAUGGGAUUCUCUGAAGUUGAAAAAUCAGUGACUAUACAAUCAUUGAAAAUCGAUCAUAUGCAUGCGAUUUUUCAUCAAAUGGUUUCAAUUUCGAAUCCCACAGCUUUCAAUUUAAUUUCAACUUGUUUAAAAUUUAAACCUGCAGUUCAAUUCUUAUUGGAUAAUCCAAUUUUAACAAAUACUCUAAUUCAAAGUAUUAGAAUGUUUAUAACAGAGUUGAAAAAUGUUCAAAAUGAAAAUCCUUAUGUUAAAAAUUGUUUGGAAAGGGAGCAGGCUGAAGCAGUGACUGAAGUAAUUAAAAAUAUAUUUCCAAUUGUUAAUCCAUCCGAUGCAAAUUUCUUAUUCUCAAUCUCUUUAAACGUUUUAUUAUUAAUUCCAUCUGGUACACCUUCAAGUUAUGGUGAUGAAGAAUUAAGUAAAUUAAUCAAUAGAAUUCCAAUUGGUUCACCUUUAUCUCUAUUAGAUGUUAUAUCAGGUUUAAAAUUAUGUGGUACUGAAUCAAAGAUUGCAUUAUGUGAUUUCUCACCUCAAUACUGUUUAUUAGAUUCUGAUGAACAAGUUCGUUCAACUGCUUUAAGAGUUUUAUCACGUAGAAAUGAUUUAAUUAUUUCUUCUUCAAAUAAUAAUAAUAAUAAUAGUAGUAGUGGUAGUAGUGAUAAUUUAAAUAAUAUUAGAAAUAGUGGUAGUGGUAUUAUUAAUAAUAAUAAUAUAAAUUUAUUAGACUCAAUAUUUAAAGCAGUAAAAACUAAUAGUAAAAGUUCAAUUUAUGAAAUGGAAUUAUUAAUAUCAGCAUCACCAUUAAUGCCAAUGAUUUUUAAUGUUGAUAAAUCUUAUACAUUACAAUGUUUAGAUUUAUUAUAUAAAGCAAUUAAACAAUCAUCAUUAAGAGAUCCACAAAGUAAACCAAAUCAAAUUGCAACCGAUUCUGCUGAAUAUAUUUUAACUCAAUUAAAACAAUCUGAUAUUGAACUUUAUAUUGGUAGUAAAUCUUCAACCUUAAUAUCAAUUUGUGUAAAAUUAAAAAAAUUUAGUAAUUCAAUUAAAUUAAUAUAUAAAGAUUUAAAGAAAAAUGGUUUCAUAAAUGAUAAAACUGUAUUAUUGUAA